CGGGCGCAGAGGACGACGGAGCCGGCCGGACUCGGACAGCUCCAACGCUCCCUCGCUCUGCUCAUACGCGCAUCCCCACUUCCCUCCUCCUCUCGUGGAGCGCAGCAUCCUCUGCAGACCCUUGGUCCUCACACCCCGGGUCGUCCCGCUUCCGCGUCUCGGGGUAAUUGCCUCCCUCUCCCACGCCACAACUUUCUCCUCUGGUGCCUGGGGCUAGGGGGCUGCUUUGCCUGGGAGGGUAUCUCCUGGGGUCACUGGAGAGCAGCCACUGGAGAAAGGCUUGAGAGUCCCAAAGAGACGCCUGUCACCCACAGCCUGCCCCCAACGGGCCUGCCGUCGGGUCUCCGCACCCUCUCCCUCUUUAUACCCCAACCAUGACCGAAAUGAGCGAGAAGGAGAAUGAACCGGAUGACGCGGCCACCCAUUCCCCCACAGAGACCGUCUCCACCCUCCAAGAAACCAAGCUCCAGCGAUUUAAGCGGUCCCUCUCCCUCAAAACCAUCCUUCGAAGCAAGAGUGUGGAGAACUUCUUCCUUCGCUCAGGCUCUGAGCUGAAGUGCCCAACAGAGGUGCUGCUGACGCCGCCGACCCCGCUGCCUCCUCCUUCUCCACCGCCUGCACCCACAGACAGAAGUCUACCCACCCCAACGCCUUCCCCCUGCCCGGCCCCACGCCCCUUGGCACCACUCAAACCAGUGAGGCUGCAUAGCUUCCAGGAACAUGUCUUCAAGAGAGCCAGCCCUUGUGAGCUGUGCCACCAGCUCAUUGUAGGAAACUCCAAACAGGGCUUGCGAUGUAAGACAUGCAAAGUCAGCGUCCACCUCUGGUGCUCCGAGGAGAUCUCCCACCAGCAAUGCCCGGGCAAGACAUCCACCUCUUUUCGACGGAACUUCAGCUCCCCACUCCUGGUGCAUGAGCCACCACCAGCCUGUGCCAUGAGCAAAGAGUCCCCGCCUACAGCAGGGAGCAGCAGGAAGGUGGACCCAGUUUAUGAGACCCUGCGCUACGGCACCUCCCUGGCACUGAUGAACCGGUCCAGCUUCAGCAGCACAUCUGAAUCCCCCACACGGAGCCUGAGUGAGCGUGAUGAGCUCACAGAAGAUGGGGAAGGCAGCAUCCGCAGCUCAGAAGAGGGGCCUGGUGACAGUGUAUUCACAGCCCCAGCUGAGAGUGAAGGAUCGGGACCGGAGGAGAAGAGCCCUGGACAGCAGCCCCCAAAGCUGCCCCUGCGGAAGGACGUGGGGCCCAUGUACUCCUACGUGGCACUCUACAAGUUCCUGCCCCAGGAGAACAACGACCUGGCUCUGCAACCUGGUGAUCGAAUUAUGCUGGUGGAUGACUCUAACGAAGACUGGUGGAAGGGCAAGAUUGGUGACCGGGUUGGCUUCUUCCCAGCCAAUUUUGUGCAGCGGGUGAGACCAGGGGAGAACGUUUGGCGCUGCUGUCAGCCCUUCUCUGGAAACAAGGAACAGGGUUACAUGAGCCUCAAGGAAAACCAGAUCUGUGUAGGCGUGGGCAGAAGCAAGGAUGCUGAUGGCUUCAUCCGCGUCAGCAGUGGCAAGAAGCGGGGCUUGGUGCCAGCCGACUCCCUGGCAGAGAUCUGACAGAAACCAAGAGAACUCAGAUGCCACCCCUGCCCAUGCCUGGCUCUUGCUUCUGGCCUGAGAAGGAGGCCAGCAUCCUGGCCAUACCCUUCCUCUCCCCGUCUCUCUCCUAAGCAUCACCCACCCCCCCACUUGGGAGCCUUCUGCACUGAGGAAGGUUUUAUUUCUUGGGUGGGGUAUCCUGAAUGGGGUGAUCUUCUGGGGCUUGGGGAAGGGCGUCAGAAGUGGGAAGAAACGAGGAAGCUAACAGGUAUAGGCCCACCCAGUGCCCAAGUACCACCUAGUUGGGUUGCCACAAUGAGUCCCACCCUAGGGAGUCGCCUGCUGUCUCUCAGAGACGUCACCUACCCAUACUGCCUUUGCAUGCCUGAAUCUUCUCUGCCCACGGCCUUUGCUUGGGUCUGUGUAUCCACCCCUUUGCAAGUAGGGCCUUGUGAGAGGAG